CGCGGGUUCUGAUUCUGUGAGCCCGCGGGGGGCCUGAGGUUCCGAAUAUCUAACACUCUCCCCAGAAUGCUGACGUUGAUGGUUCUGCGACUACACUUUGCAUAUGGCACGGGCUAGUAAGCGCGAUCCAGACCGUAACACGGCUGACAGAGAAACCGUGAGGGAAACCGAUUUGCUUGCGAGAGUGUGAAAAAACAGUUGAUGUGAAGAAGAGUAAACCCUGUGAAGCUGAUGUCUCCAGUGACCUUCGAAAAGAAGUAGAAAAUCAUUAUAAGCUUUCUCUGCCUGAAGAUUUCUAUCACUUCUGGAAGUUCUGUGAAGAGCUUGAUCCUGAAAAGCCAGCUGUAAUGAGACAAGAUUCACUUUCCACAAGCCUUGGACUUCAGUUAGUGGGUCCUUAUGAUAUCCUUGCCGGAAAACAUAAAAUGAAAAAAUCAGCAAGCCUGAAUUUUAACCUUCACUGGAGAUUUUACUAUGAUCCUCCGGAGUUCCAGACCAUUAUUAUUGGAGAUAAUAAAACUCAAUUCCACAUGGGAUAUUUCAGGGAUUCUCCUGAUGAACUUCCUGUAUAUGUUGGUACAAAUGAAGCAAAGAAAAACUGCAUAAUUGUUCAAAAUGGAGAUAAUGUGUUUGCUGCAAUCAAAUUAUUUCUGAUGAAAAAACUUAAGGAAGUAACAGAUAAAAAGAAAAUUAGUCUCUUGAAAAACAUAGAUGAAAAACUCACAGAAGCAGCCAGAGAACUGGGGUACUCACUGGAACAGAGAACCAUGAAGAUGAAACAGAGAGAUAAGAAAGUCGUGACAAAGACCUUUCAUGGUGCAGGCUUGGUUGUUCCAGUAGAUAAAAAUGAUGUUGGGUACAGAGAACUCCCUGAAACAGAUGCCAACCUCAAGAGAAUUUGCAAGACCAUCGUUGAGGCACCUAGUGAUGAGGACAGACUAAAAGCUUUUGCUCCCAUCCAGGAAAUGAUGACUUUUGUGCAGUUCGCUAAUGAUGAAUGUGACUAUGGUAUGGGGCUUGAGCUAGGAAUGGAUCUCUUUUGUUACGGCUCACACUAUUUUCAUAAAGUUGCUGGCCAGCUUUUACCUCUUGCAUAUAAUCUUUUGAAGAGGAAUCUCUUUGCAGAAAUUAUUGAAGAACAUUUGGCAAACAGAAGUAAAGAGAACAUAGACCAACUCGCAGCCUGAGAGUCGGCUUCCUUUCAGUGUACAGUACUUUAAAGCAUUAGUAUUAAACUUGUGAUUUUUUUUGUUUUGUUUUUAAGGAAUACAGAAAAUAAAUUGAUGGAAACCUAUACCAAAAA